GAUUCAAACCAGUAGGAGAAGCACACGCUAAAGUCAAGCGACAGUUCAAAUGGAAUCUAUUCAUCAUAAAUCAGAACAGAUGGCUGAUGCACAAGUAAUGCAGUGGCCAUUGGUACCUUCCUCGGUACCAGUUAUUUCUAUAUCGAUAGUUUAUUUAUACAUUAUUUACUUUGCUGGUCCGCGAUUUAUGAAAGAUAGAAAGCCGUAUUCGUUGAAAACAUUUAUACAGUGUUACAAUAUUUUUCAAGUUAUUACAAAUUUUUUGCUAAUAUAUAACACCGUGAUAUUCGGUAAACCAUUUUCUGCCAUUUGGAGAUUUUGCGAUUCGUUCGACGAAAUUUGUGGUCGUGAUGGGAUUGAAAAGCAACUUGAAAUUCUGUGGUGGGCAUUGUUACUUAAAAUAGUGGAUUUAAUUGAAACUAUAGUGUUUGUAUUAAGGAAAAAGAGCCAGCAGGUUUCAUUUUUACACACAUAUCAUCACGUUUCCACGGUUAUGUACGUUUGGUCGAUACUCAGAUACUUUGUCCAUAGUUUUUCCAUGGUUUUAAUAAUGCUUAAUUGCUCUGUACACGUAAUAAUGUAUUCGUAUUACUAUCUGAGCACUUAUGGAUCGCACGUACAACAAAAGAUAUUGCCAUUUAAAAAAUGGAUUACUAUUUUACAAAUGGCACAAAUUGCAAUCCUUACGAUAGUUCCUUUGCAAGGUCUCGUGUUCAAGUGCAAUAGUACGACUACGCUUUUCCCGAUUAUAACAUUUUUUAACGGUGUUAUAAAUCUUUCAUUCUUUUGGAACUUUUUUACUUCUUAUAAGAAAUUGAAAGCAGUCUAAUUAUAGAAUAAAACUUUAUCGAAUAGGUAUUGUUAAUAAUUAACAUGUUCUAUGACGCACCAAUUUUAUGUAUUUUAUUAUUUACGUUAUUUGUUACAUUUAUUAAAAAAUAAAUUAAAUAAAUUGUUUUCCGUAAUAGUGAAAGAAGCUUGAAAUACUAAUAUUGUAAUAUAUAUUAUAAUCGUAUACCGAUAAAGGAGAUGUUAGGAAAUA